AUGUUACAUUUUUCUUUAUCAAAUUUUAGAAUACUUGACGUUCAAAGAACUUUAUUAUCAAUAGAAUAUGAAAACUCUGAUAAUGAUAAAACUAAAUAUGAUGAACUAGUUAAUUUUUCUUUAGACAAAAAAUAUUUAAAAAAAAUAAUUGAAGAGUUAUAUUUGAAAGAUACAAGUAAAACAAGUGAUAUAGAUAAUAUAUGCGUUGAUGAUGAUGAUGACUUAAUAUCAGAAGAAGAUCCAAAAAAUAAUUAUUAA